AUGGCAUCGCUGGGAAUUACCAACCCUGACGAUCUUCCGCCUCAAUACAAGAUCAAGCCUCACAAGCGCAAGGGCAGUGAAGUUCACAACAAGCCGCCUCAGCCACUCCAACCUGCUGGUUCCCCUGCAGCUCACACACCGUCCAGCAUGUCCACAGCAACACCUGGCCCUCCUAGCAGUAGACCGGGCUACCCUCACCAGACUCCAUCGUUCAGCUAUCCUUCUACUCAACCCCAGUCUAUGGUUAACUCGGGCUAUCGCGAUUCGCCGUUGUUCGCACCGCCAUCGUUUGGCUUGCCACCACUUCGUACUUCGGACGAGCCCUCUCACACCGUCAAUCCAGCACAGUUCGCUUCAAACAACUAUACUUCUCACACAUCCCCGCCACCUCCGCCCAACUUUGCGGUACCGCGCUCGCCGCCACAGCACCCUCCAAUGUUCAGCACGGGGAUGAAUCUCGAUCCUGCGCUCUUCACUGCUGGUGGGGCCAUGUUCGACAAGCGACCUAGCUCUUCUGGUAGUCCCAGGUUGGUGCAUCCCGAGGCAAGUCCCUCGUUCAGCAGUCCGCAAACUAGCAACACGAAUGCCAAUCUCGACUCCAUAUUCGCCGAUAUGGUCCAUAACGACGAUGAUCACGCCACCCUGGGUCACGAAGGAGAAAACCAGCUUGCCGGCGAAGCAUUUGCCGCUGGCGGACACGAUCAAGAUCAUCCUGACGAGACACACAUAGAUGAUUUUGUGAACAACGAGUAG